UUACUUUGCCGACAUACUUAAUAACACAUCACAAGAUCAGGAACGUAUUAUAAUCGAACCAAACGGCGAAUGGUCUGUUCAGAAAAAACGGAAUAUUUCAGAAGAGCCGGUUCAUUCUCCUGUUACUAAAACUUCGAAAAAGACACGCUGUGUGGAACCAUCGAUAGAUGUGUACGUGAUAGAUGACUCAGAAGACGAGAGUACUCCUAUACAGCCAAGUAAACCGAUUCAAUCGCAUCCACCUACAUUUAAUGGGAAAGAGAUAAUUGAUCUGACACUAAGUAGCGAUGAAGAAGAUACUCCAACGAUCAACAGUAACAAAGAUAUUAUCAGACAUGCUACCUCAGCAUAA